AAUUUUUUCGUGGCCGCGGAUCUAAUCGCAUGCGGUGCUUGGUCACACUAUUUAUGCUUGCAUUUGUCAGUGGAAAUUUCAUUUCACAAAACCGAGAUUGUUAAAUUAACCAAAUUAGAGCGCUAUUGACCGAAAGAAAAAUAGCAGCAAUAUGCUGCAGUUUAAUAUAAUUCUUAUUGAACGCGCUGACGUAUACCUUUAAAACCAAUAUUAAAUGCCCAACCUAUAAGCAAUCGACGCCCUUUUCGCCACAAACCACCCAAUUUCAACAUACACGACAUCUAACCACUAUUAGACACUCUUGUCACUGAAACACCGGAAGUAGAAGAAACACAAAGACGAGGAGGAGCAUCAACACCACCACCGAAUCGCCCAGUGGUGGCCACCUGCUGCUCCAGUAGCACCAGGACCAGGACCAACAACAACUGUCGCGAUGAAGGUGGACACGGUGAAGCUAAAGAAGGGCUCCUCUGAGCUGACGGCCGAGUGCCGCGAGCUCAUCGACGAGCUGACCAAGCGGCGCACUCGGGCCGAGCUGCUCGAGUUCCUCGACACCGUCCACGUUUGGAUCUACGGCAAAUGCGAGCUGUACCACUGGAUCGAAAUUCUCGAUCGGUUCGACAAGAUCCUCGAGGAGGCAUCGCGCCAUGUCAACGCCAAUGAGUUCGUGCUGCAGUGCGACACCAAUUUCCAGGAAACGGACGUCACACUGCUGCUGCACGUACUUAACUUCACCACACUGCUGAUCGAGCACUCGUUCUCGCGUCACCUGUACAACUCCAUAGAGCACUUGACGGUGCUGCUCUCCUCACAGAACAUGGACAUUGUCCUGGCCGUCCUCAAUCUGCUUUAUAUGUUUUCCAAGCGCAGCAACUUCAUUCCCCGCCUGCCGUUUGAGAAAAAGGAGCUGCUGAUCGUUAAGCUCUUCAACAUAGCAGAGCGCUGGGGCGAUCCCAACUACGGUCUGUCGCUCAAGGACUGCUGCAUUGGCGAGCCAAAGCUGGAAUUCCUCUACCAGCUGUGCAUCGACUAUGUGGACGAGCACGGUCAGGCUGCCCAGCUGGAAAUACCGGACAUGAUGGACCUCUGUCGCACGACACCGGCUCCCGAGGUGAUCAAAACGAUUGCCGGACAGAUCUCAAAGCCCAGUGAGGCAAUCAAGAUGCGCAUUGCACAUCGAGUGCGCUUGAUCUCAGGCUUCAACAACUAUAAGCUGCGCCUCCAGUUUGUCCAGGCGCGUCUGCAGGCCGUCUCCAUUCUGAUCUAUUCGAAUGCCCUGCAGGACAACACGGACAAGGUGUUGUAUGCCGGCUUUGGCGAGGAGCUGUGCGAACUGAUCGACAAGGAGGACGUGCACUUGGUGGAGAUCCGGGCGGCAGUGUUGCGCACCCUCACCUCGAUGCUGCACUUUGAUCGCAAUCCGAAUGUGCCCAGCAGGGCCGGGUCGCGUCUGAUGAAGAUCGUCCACUACACAGGUGCCGAGCGGCAGGGCGGGACGUUACCCUUGUUGGUUCGCGACUGCAUAGAGAAUUUGACAACACACGGCCUCACCGAGCGCUAUCCGCUUAUCCUGGCCACCUCGCUCUUCUCACUGCUUUACCAUCUGGCCAGCUACGAAAUGGGUGGCUCGGCCCUGGUCAAGAGCGGCAUGAUGCAGUCGCUGCUCUGUGUGAUCAGCUGGCCGGGAGUCGACCUCGAGCACAUCACGUUCGUGACGCGAGCGGUGCGAGUGAUUGACCUGAUCACCAACAUCGACAUCGCUCGCUUCCACCAGAACAACGGACUCAAUGUGUUCAUCGACCGCCUGGAGAAGGAGAUUAAGAGCUGCUGCAAGGCACUGGCCGAUAUCGGCAUUACCCUGAAGGAAUCGACGCUGCGCGACGAUCACAAGCUGGACACCUCGCUCGACCAAGUCGACGAAGAUGUGGAAGACGGACACGGAGAGAAUACCUCGGUGACCAGUGGCAAUGGAUCGCCGCGGCGCGAGAACUCAAACGAAGCUGUGAGUGGAGGCGCCAGUAGCAGUGCCUAUCGGGCCUACCACGAGCACAGUGGUGGAUCGGGCUCAGGAGCGGGACUCCUGGACAUUGGCGGAGCACGCAGCUUGGCAGGCGGCAAUGGCAGCGGCGGAGAAGCGGCUGGAACAUCCGGAUCGAUUGCAGGCCUGAUCAACAGAGACGGCAGCUCCACUCGCCAGCCGGCCACCAUGUAUCCGGCGAACAGCUACUACGCCCGUCCGCUGGCCGAGCGCAAGGCGGAGCUAUCGUCGCAGCUGCCGAGCAGUUUGGCGCCGAAGAAGCCCUCCUGCGUCACCCAGCGGGCGGCGCUGCUCAAGUCGAUGCUGAACUUCCUGAAGAAGAGCAUACAGGAUCACGCGCACUUCAGCAACAUGCGCAACAUCAUGGAGACGAGUCUGACCCAAUCGCUGCGCCACAUCAUCGCCAAUGCGGAGUACUACGGACCGUCGCUCUUUCUGCUGGCCACCGAUGUGGUCACAGUGUACGUGUUUAACGAGCCCUCGCUGCUCUCCUCGCUGCAGGACCUGGGCAUAACCAGUGUGAUGCUGAAGGCGCUGCUGCAGAAGGAUGUGCCAGCCACGCGCGAAGUGCUGGGCUCCCUGCCCAAUGUGUUUUCCGCCUUGUGCCUAAACGAGCGCGGACUGUUCGAGUUCCUGUCCUACGAUCCGUUUGACAAGGUGCUGAAGGUGCUGCUCUCGCCGGACUAUCUGGUGGCCAUGCGGCGGCGCCGCUCCUCGGAUCCGCUGGGCGACACCGCGACCAAUUUGGGCAAUGCCAUGGAUGAUCUGAUCAAACAUCAUCCGUACUUGCGGGCGGAUGCCACGGAGGCGAUUGUCCGGCUGCUCAAUGAGCUGGUUCGCCUGGGAUCCGAUCCCAGCUUUAUUUGCUGGCGAGCGAACAAGGAGAGCAGUGGCUCGGGCUCGGGAUCGGGCAGUCAUGGCGGGGCUCAUCACGUGACAUCGACGCCCUCGCCAAUGGUCUUGGUGGCCGGUUCGAGCUCCACUUCGGUUCUGCAGGGAGCAGCGGAUACGAACGACAGCAGCGGCGAUGACGACGACGACGAUGAUGAGAUGAGCUCGGCUUCGCAGCAGCAGCAGCAACCCACAACGCCGGGUCAGAGCGGAGGAGGAGGAGCCACCACGCCGAGGACACAGCAGGCAGGCGGAAUCGGCGGAGGAGGAGGCGGAGGAGCAGCAGCGGGACAGCCGACGACCACAUCGCAGGCCGUUAAAGUGGUGGCACCACCGGAACGGGAGGCCAUCCCACUGAUCGAUUACAUUCUCAACGUGAUGAAGUUCAUCGAGGCGAUAUUCAGCAACAGUCCCAACGGCGAUCACUGUCGCGAGUUUGUGCUGCACGGCGGACUGAAGCCCAUCCUGCAGCUGCUGUCGCUGCCCAAUCUGCCGGUGGACUCGCCCGUCUCCACCACGUCGCAGGCGGUGGCCAAUGUCUGCAAGGCCAUACUGAGCCAGGCGCAGGAGACGAAGGUGCUGGACGUGGCCCUCAAGCAGCUGGCGGACAUUGUGGCCCAGCUGAAGCCGCUGAUCAAGCACUUCACCUUUCCCGGCGGCAGUGUCCUGCUCGCGGAGCUCGUCUGCUGCCAGCGGCUGGAGGAUGGCUUCGCCAACGCCGAGUACACGCCCAUUCUGCACAACAUGAGCUUCGUCCAUGGCUACGUGGUGAUGCUGGUGCACCUCUGCCGGAAUGCCAGCAACGACAUGCGCUCCAUUCUCCUCAAGCGCUGGGGGGUCAAUCGCGAGACCGGGGUUCAGUUGCUCCAGCAGCUCGUCCAGUUGUACAUCUCUCUGGUGUGGGAGAGCACGAUCCUGUUGAACCUGUGCUCGGACGAGCCCACCCAGCAUCCGGACCUGAUUUGGGAUGAGAUCGCCGCCCAGAUGUCGGCGGCAGCGGGCACCGCGGAUCCGCUGACCGAAGCGGAACUCUCGCGGAAACUGGAGCGUGCCGCUGAAUUCCGGACGAAGUACACGCCCGAGGAGCAGUUUCGCUACAUCAAAUCCCUGCUGGCGGCGAGCUCGCGCCUGGGCAGAGCCCUGGCCGAGCUGCUGGGAACGUUGGUGAAGCUAUCGGUGGGAUCGCCGCAGACACGACAGCGUCGCAUCAACGAUUUGAUCAGCAAUAUCAACAAAGUUCCUACGCCCGAGGCCCGUGAAAUCGCCCGCAUCCUCAGCUCGAUCCUGGUGAACGGCUUCAGUCACGAGAGCAUCCUGCCCAAGCCGGUGCCGAAGCUGAAGCUCACCUUCCUCAUCUGCUCGGUGGGAUUCACGGGGCCGAUGCUGUUCGACGACAAGCGCAGCGCCUUCCACCUGAUGAUCUCGCAGUUCUGCGCGGAGAACGGACUGAAGGCCUUCUUCGAGAUGUUCUACUGGGCGCUCUCGCUGGACAACGUCUCGCAGAAGUUCGACUUCGACCAGUGGGCCUCGAUGGAGGACCUGAUGCAGUCGCACGAGGACGACAAGCGCGACUGUCCGGAGGGCACCGGCGAGUUCCUCGACGCCUGGCUGCAGCUGCUCGAGAAGAUGGUCAAUCCGCGCGCCAUGCUCGAAUCGCCGUACACGAUGAGUCCGCGCCUCAACUACCUGCCCGACUCGGUGCCGUUCGAGCCGGUCUUCUACCUGAUCCACAUCCACCAGCUGGCCAUGCAAGCACUGCGCAGAAUCUGGGCCCGUCGCCCGAUUCCGAACUACGGACCGAGCAUGUUCGAGACCAUGAUUCUGAUCCUCAAGCACAUGAUUAAGUCGCACCAGAUGCUCCUCGAUCGCUACAACACGCGCAUGAAGGAGAUCAAGUUCGAGAACCUCUACAUCCGCAGCACGGACGACGGCCUCAAUGCGGACCACGUCAAGGUGCUGACGGACAUGGGCUUCAUGCACUACCACGUCGUGGAGGCGCUGCGGACGAACGCCUCGCUGGAGGAGGCCACCGAUUACCUGCUCAACAACCCGGAGGCCAGUGCUCUGUCCACACUGACCACGGGACCGCACCACCCGCCGCCGCCACCGCCGUCGUCGGCCGCCACAAUGGACAUCGACAUGGACGCCCCCGCCGACGGGGAAUCGGCACAGGGGAAAUCCUCGGGUGCCGCCAGCUCCUCCAGCUACGACUACAAGCACCUCAAGCUGAUGCCGGCGCUGAUCUUCGAUCGCUUCUGCGACGAGGCCAUCUCGCGGGCCUUCGAGUUCAUGGAGGCGAUCCCGGACACGGUGACCAGUGCCGCCGACCUGAUAGCCGUGCUCUACAGACGCCACAACCACCUGAACAAGCAGGUGUUCGUGACCAACUUCGUGCGCAACAUCAUCGAGUGGGUGGACUUUACGCUGCAGCUCUUCGAGCCGCCGCCCGGCAAGGUGGGUGGUGCAUCGAAGGCCUCCCGCCUGGAGGAGUGUCUCACGGGCAUGACGGCCACCCGGCUGUUUGUGCGUCUCAAGACGUCGACGCUGCUGCUGGAGGAGAACUACAGCGACAUGCACCGUCCGCUGGUAGAGGCGAUAACCGCCCAGGACGCCAUGGUGUCGCUGGUCAAGCUGCUCGACUGCAUGAGCCAGUGGAUGCUGGAGCAGUCUUCCGACACGAACUCCUCCUCCGCCGGCGGGCAGCGGGCGACGGUGCCGCGCUGGGUGCAGAACCUGGUGGAUCUAAUCGACGCCAUCGACAGCAUCAGCCACAUCCUGCAGCGCAAGGCGAACAUGCGGGCGGUGAGCAGCGACGUUUGGCGCUGGUACGACGCCUCCACCGGCAAGUGGAACGCCUACUCGGAGGCCAACAACGAGCUGAUCCGGAACGCGUACGCCGCCGGCGAGCGGUGGCUGCACAUCAACAUCGGACGGCAGCGGUGCACGGUGAGCCUGAACUGCAUGCAGCAGGUGAGCGAGGCGUCCGGCACCCAUCGUCCCGUCUGUCCGGCCCUCAAGCUGAGCGAGGCCAUCAACACGCUGAAGAACCCGAUGGCCCUGCACAAGGUGGAGCACCUGCUGAACCGCAUCGUGCGCACCGCGCCCGACGGCUCCGGCACCGUCAACUCGGACGAGCUGAUCUCCCUGCGCCAGCUGGUCAACAUCACCGAUGGCCAGCACCAACAGCAGCCGGAGACGCCGCCCACCAACGAGGAGGCCGGUGAGGAUGGUAGUCCCGGGGGAGCCAGCAGCGGAUCCCCGCCAGCGGCCAUGACGACGCGCAGCAAGGCGCGCCAGAAGAACGCGGCGGCAGCCGCUGCGGCCAAGGUGAAGUCCCAGUCCCAGGGAGGCUCACCGCCGAUACCCAAGCGCACCCAGAAGAUCAUCCUGAACGAGGAGCACGUGGGCCUGAGCAAGUUCGACUGCGGCCGCAUCAUCGGCAGCAUUGUCGAUCUCCUGCAGCCGUCGCACCUGAUGCUCAACGACACGAAGCUCUCCCUGCUGCGACUCUGUGCGCGCUUGACCAGGAACUACGACAACGCCCAGGUGUUCAUCCAGCGGGGCGGAGUGCGGAUGCUGCUGCACCUGCAGCAGGCCUGCAGCUUCAUGGGCUUCCCCACGUACGCGAACAUCAUACUGCGCCACGUCCUGGAGGCGCCGCCCGUGCUCCAGGAGGCCAUGGAACGGGUGCUGGGCAUGCGGGCCGCCGGCAUUGUGCCGGUUGGCCACCGGGACCUCAUCUACGUGCUCACCCAGGUCUCGUCGGCGGUGUCGCGCAAUCCGCAGAUCUUCGUGGCCGCCGCCAAGGAGAUGCUCAAGGGCGAGUACCUGCUCAACUCGGCCAACUCGGCGAUGGCCGACGAUGCCCGGGUGAUGGUCAAGUCCAAGUUUGGCCAGCACCCGACGGCGGCUGCCGGCGGAGCCACGCCCAAUUCCCAGACACCAACGCCGCCGCCGCCAGCGGCGAAGGACGAGCUCAAGGACGAUCCCCAGGUGCAGUCGUCGGUGUCCGUGCUCAAGGAUCUGCUGCACGGACUGGUGCAGCCGUGCUGGCACUACGGCGGCACCGGAUCCUCGGAUCGUGGUCAGGGCGCCGCCGGUGAGCUACUGCAGCCGGAUCAGCAGCCAGAAGUCGGCGGGCAGCAGGGAUCGCACGACAAGGAGUUGUACUUCCGCUUCCAGGAAACACCCGCGCCCGUCACGAACAAGAAGCAAUCCUCCGGCGGCGGAGCAGGAGGAGGAGCAGCUGCUGGCCAAGCUCAGGCGACGGAGAAGUUCGAGCCGUGCUGCUGCACGUGGCACAUCCCGACCAGCGGGCACACGCACGCCAAGCCGACCAUUUCGCGGGCCACGCUCCUGAAGCUCCUGGCCGAUUCCACGCGAGCCUACCAGUCGCUGGUGCCGCGCGUCCUCCUGUCGCACGUCUACACGCCGGCGGACAGUCCGCUGAUCACCGGACCGCAACAGACGUUCCUGGGCGUCCUGCUCGACCGCUUCCUGCCGAUCACCCAGCGCCACCAUGUGCCCGAGGUGAGCACCAUGACCCGGGUGCUGAUCUGCUCCCUCUCCGAUUGCUACCAGCAGCCGGGCGUCCAGGUGCACGUGGCCGAGGAGCUGCACGCGGCGGUGGCCCGGGCCCUGGCCCAGCCGGACUCCGCCGAGAAGCACACCCGUCUCCAGGUGCUGAUGAGCCUGUACCCCAACCUGAUCGAAUCCCCGAUGCUGUACGACAAGGUGCACAUGCACCGGAACAACAUGUACCGGGUGCUGCUGCGCCAGGGCGUGAUGACCUACCUGACCAAGGUGGCCCAGUACAAGGACCUGUCCAACCACAACACGCUCAGCACCCUGGCGGCCAUCCUGCGACCCAUGGAGAUCCUGCUGCGGUUCAGCGUCUCCACCACAACGCUCGGCUCGAAGCGAAUCCUCUUCGGCGGCGGCGGCGGCGUGGGCGGAGCCAAUGGCACCGGGAAUGGCAACGGAGCCGGCGGUGGCAGUGGCACCGGUCCGGGAGCCGGCAACACCUACGGCACCAUCAUCAACCGGCGGCUGUAUCCCCGCCUGGCUGCCCGUUCGGCGGUCACUGCCGCCGUGGAGCGAUCCAAUGCCAUGGGCGGCGAGCACGUGCUGCGCGACAUCAUCCGCAAUGUGCUGUCCGAUCGCCGGCACGCCUUCGAGUUCAUCUUUAACUCGGACGAGAUGGCCGUCGACUCGGAGGACUCGCCGGCAGCCACGGCCCGGGGAUUGGGCGGCCGGGUUGGCUCCGGGAUGAGUGGCCUCGAAGGCAGCAUUUCGGGAGGAGGAUCCGUGGGCGGAGGCACUGCAGCCGUCAUCGAUGUGGUCGAGGAGCGGAGCAAUGGCGGCGAUACCAACGAUCCGCCGGCCACCGUUAGCUCCGGAUCAUCGGCCGUGGGUCAAUCCUCGGCCGGCGGCGGUCCCGUUCGGCCGGUGCUCAACUUCGAUCAGCUGUGGGACGAUUUCCUGCAGAGCGAGGGACUGCGCUUGGCCUCGCGAAGCGGCAGUGGCCAGGGAUCCGGAGGUGGAGCCGGCGGAGCUGGUUCCAGUGGCCAGCAGAACGGAGGCAAUGCCGCGGCCGGCUCGACCAACUCGGGCAGCAACUCGGGCAGCGGUGAUCCUCGCCUGCGCACCAAUCCCGACGUGGAUGUGGGCGGCAGCAAUGGCGCCGGCGGCAGCGGUGGAGCCAGUGCAUCCAACUCCGGGGCUGUGAACGACAACGGAAUCGGAGGCGGCGGUGGCAGUGAUGGCGCGUCCACCUCAUCCGAAACGGGAGCUCCGAGCGGAGCGCGCGACAUGAACGCCUCGCUGCUGGGCGAUGUCAGCACCUCGGAGUCCGACUCGGACGCCUCCACGGAGAACGACGAGCGGAACGAGGAGGACGAGGACGAGGACGACGACGCACCCGACGAGGAUGUGGACGAGCACAGCGAGACGGACGUGGAUGAGGAGCGACCGCGCCAGUUUAUCGAGGUGUACGACGACAUCUUUGAGCCGGAGUCCUCGGAUACGGCGUCCAACGAUGCGGAUGUCGAUAACGACGACGAUGACGACGAGGAUGAGGACGAUGUGGACGACGACGAUGAUGACGACGAGGACAACGACGACGAGGAUCGCGAGGAGGGUCAGAGCGCAAUGGACGCGGAGUUGGACAACCAAAUAGACAUCGCCCUCGCUCUCGUCUCCUCCAACAGUCGUCCGCGACGCAGUGCAGCGGUGAAUGCCUCUGGCGAUGGCCCAUCCGCCAACAGGCCGAAUCCCGAUGACGAGGUGGACGACGAGGACGACGACGUCGAUGCCGAUCCCGAUGGCGAUCCGGAUGUGGAUCCCAUCGGCGGACCAGCCACCGCCCAGGCGGAGGCCUAUCUGUACGAGCGAUUGGGCAGCGGCUUGAUGCCCACACCGCCAGUGGGUUUCCGUGUGCGGAUGAACAGCUCGAUCGCCCAGCCGCUGGACAUUGACGUGAAUGGCGGCAACGGCGGCGGCGGCGGUGGCAGCGGUGCGGGAGCCAUUGGAUCGGCUGGCGGCUCCGGCAGAGGUUCAUCGACGGCGGGAACAACGGCCAGCAUUGGAGCCAUCGCCUCGGCGGCGCUGCGUCCCUCAUCCGGAUCGUGGAUGGCACCGGACUUCAAUUUCAUCGGCGUGUCGGGCGGAGCGAGCGGUUCGGGCGGAGGAGCCUCCGGCAGUGGAUCGGCCAAUGCCAACGGAGGCGAGGUGAACGCCUUCCUCACGCCCUCCAUGUCGCAGCUGGAGCGCACAGGUGGCGCCUCCGGCAGUGGCCAGAACAUGAGCAAUCUGCUCGACGAACAGCCGUCGGUGGCUGGCGGUGGCGGCAGUGGAGGGGGCUCGGCCUCCGGAGGCGGUGGCGCCGGCGGAGGAGGAGGCGGCGGCACGAGUGGAGGAGGAACCUCCGGCCAGCAUCCCAAUGCCACGCUCUGCACGAACGGAGUGCGCAGGCGACUGCUCUACCUGGACCAGCAGUACUGUGUGUGCAUGCCCACGCACCAGAAUCCCACGGAGGAGACCCAGAUGGAGACCUUCACUCAGGACGCUCUCCACUGGUGGCUCGAGGAGGCCACACUCCUGGACAUGGAGAGCCAGACGGACGCCUGCCUGUACGCCGCCCACUUCCUGCUGCCGCACCUCAUCAAGGAGCUGAAGAUCACGAACCACCAGCGCAAGCAGGAUGACGCCACUCGCCCAACGGCCACCAAUUCUACGGCAUCGGCUCCGGUGUCCAAUGCAUCUGCAGCCGGAAGUGCCGGAGCCGGCACAACCACCCCGAACACAUCGACAGCAGCGGGUUCGGGUGGUGCCUCAAUGGCGUCCAGCAUACUGGCGAAUGCCGUGGUCGCUGGACCGGGAAGCAACAGCGGCAGCAGCAGCAGCGGCGGCAUGGUGGUGCCACCGGUGGCCGCCUCCGCAACGGGAGGCACCCGUCGCAGUUCGAUUCCCGUGCUCAUUCCCUCGAGUUUCGGUUCGAACAACAGCAUCAGCAGCAGCGCCACAAAUGCAGCGGGAGGAGCCUCUGGUGGCGAUGCUGCAGCAGCCACAGCGGGUGCAACCACCAGCCCCUUCGUACUCACAACCACGUCCAUGGGCGGCAGUGGAUCUCUGGAGCCGCUGACCACGUCACGCACGCAGCGUCAGCGUCCGAUGCGCCAGCACAACCAGCUGCCCUUCAACAUCUACGCCGAAAUCGACCUGACCAACGAGCAGGAUAGCCAGGGUGCCACGUCGACCAACUCGACAACUGGAACACCAACCGAUGGAGCUGCGGCAGUGGCGGCGGCGGCGGAACCACAGCCACAGCAGAACUCCACUUCCAAUUCGGCGGGGGCGCAGGUGCCGGUGCUUCAGCAGCAUCAGCGCCAUCCGCCGGUGCCGCUCCUGCCGUCCAGCGGAAGACCAUCGCGACCCCAUUCGCGUCUCGACGAGGCGGAGCUGCUCCUCCUGCAGCUGGCCGAUCGCCAGGCUGUGCGCAACCGCCUGCAAGUCUCCAGCGGACACACCAACUCCUCGCGCACCUCGGGAUCGGCGCUGAUCAACGCCCGACCCAACCGGGAUCUGCCCGGCCGUUUGCAGCGUCUCGUCCAGGCGCACGUAUCCAUUUCGGGCCGUGGCAGUGGGUCCAGUGGCUCGACGCCAGCACCGACGCUCGUCUCCAUGCCAACGCCCAUUUCCAGUGCGGCCCUGGAGCAGCUGAAUGUCAGCGCCCCGGAUGUCGUGGGCAACGAGCGAAGCUUCACCCUGCCGCCGUCGCUGGAGGUGGAUGUGGACGUGCUGCCUGGGAUACUGGACAUGCCGCAGCAGGAGGCUCAGGGAUCGGCCGAGGAGGAUCAGCUGCUGUUGCCGCCACCGCCGCCGGCCAUCGAUACGGGCCCGUUGGUCCUGGCCGAGGAUGAUCUGUGGCUCGGGGCGCUGAUUGGUGUGCGAACCAGAGAGGAUUCCCCCGUUCCAGCAGCAGCUGCAGCUGCAGUGGGAGCCACAGAGGCUGUCAACAAUGAGGCCGGUCAAGCAACGAAUCAGUCGACAGAAAGUGUGGAGACUGCUGCUCCCACAAGCCAGAGCGCUGCCCAGGCAGCCGCAGAGGUUCCUCCGGUGGAAUCGGGAGGAGCAGAAGGAACUGCCAGCUCGGCCAGUACCCAAACACCAGCUGCAACGGAGGAAGCUGCGGCGGCAGGAGGAGCGAGUGCCUCAGCAGCGACAGCGCCGGCGACAACCGCCACCACCACAACUACAACCAUAACGGACAUGAGUCCCGAGGUGCGGGCCGCUCUCGGCGAUCUGGAGGUGCCCGAGGGCGUGGAUCCCUCGUUCCUGGCCGCCCUGCCCAGCGAGAUGCGCGAGGAGGUGAUCCAGGAGCAUCUGCGCAUGCAGCGCAUCCGCCAGCGGGCGCAGCAGAAUGCGAUUCAGAUCGCCCACGACUCGCUGGUCGAGGUGAAUCCCGAGUUUCUGGCCGCUCUGCCGCUGAACAUCCAGUCGGAGGUCCUGAUGCAGCAGCGAAUCGAACAGCAGCGCCAGGCGGCGCAGACCGCCAAUCCCGAGGAUCCCGUGGACACGGCCGCCUUCUUCCAGAACCUUCCCGAAGCUCUACGCCAGGCGAUUUUAACCGACAUGGAGGAGUCGCAGAUAGCCAGUUUACCGCCCGAGUUGGCUGCGGAGGCCCAGUUUCUGCGUCGCGACUGGGAGUCGCGCAACGGUGCCCGCCUGGACACUCAUCCCGCCAGCAAUGCGUUGUCACGUUUCCAGAGCACGCUGCAAAGUCUGGACGAGGCGCGCUGGCACAGCUCCAUUUGGUACGACGCCAGUGGCAAUGCCCAGCCGCAGCACCACCAGCACACGACCAUCGUGCACCACCACGCCCAUCCGCACCACGCGCCGACGAUGGGCAAGCCACUGGCCCUGCUGAUGAUGGAGGACGAGAACAUCCUGCUCGAUCCGGACUCGCUGGCCACCCUCCUGCUCUUCCUGUUCGUGGAGGAUCAGAAGAUGAACAGCAUGCGGCUGCACCGCGUCAUCCGCAACCUGUGCCACCACGAGCCCACCCGCGACUGGAUAAUCAGCGCCCUGAUCAGCAUCGUCCAGAAGACGAACGAGGACAAUGCGAACUUUGGCGCUGGCCAGGCGGGCGGCAAGCCCGAGUGGCUGAAGUUGCGCGUGGACGCCGCCUUUGGCUACAAGAGCAACAUCUUCCUAAUCAACAAGCUGUACGAGGGCAGUGCCCGGAGCAUCAGCAUCAAUCCGCAGGCGGCGCAGAUGAUUGUGCGCAACUGUCUGGACCUGCUGUUCGUGCUGGCCAAGCACUAUCCGUCCAGCUUUGUGCCCUACAAUCGCGAGGUGAAGGCCAGGCGCAUUUUGAGCGCAGUAUUCGGCAUGCCAUCGCCAACGGCGGCAGCCGGAACAGGCGGAGGAUCAUCAGCGGCAGGCGGGGGAACAGGAGUUCCGGGCGGACGUCUGUCCGACGAUGAUCCCCCCGGCGGAACACUGGACUUCCGCUCGCGUUUCUGCCGCUAUCAGGUGGCCAAUCGCUUGCGCGGCAUCCUCGACGAUCAUCCUGCCCCGAAGCCAGCGUCACCCUUGGACGAGGCUCCCUCCACAUCGAAGGCGGCCGCAGCCAAGGCAGCCGCCACGGCAAAGGUGUCGCCCGGCGGACAGAACCUGCCCACGGUGCCGUACCAGACGAAUGCCAAGAACUUCUGGGAUGUGGUGCUCAACAUUGACAGACAGACCCAAGUGCGAUUGGCCAAUGUGGCCCAGUUUCCGCUCACCUCGCAGCCGGCGUGGGAAUGGCAGGCGAACACAGCAGACUUCCUGUCCUUCACCGACUCGCCCUUUGGCCAGCUGCUGGAGAUGCUGCCCUACAAGGUGAUCUGCCGGUCGCCACAUCUCACCGACAUGCUGGUCAAGCUGCUGGCCUCGCUCAGCACCGAGCUGCCCAAGGAGGAGGAGCAGUUGCCGCUGACCGACCAGAUGCCCACGCUGAUACCGAUUGGACAGGCGGCGGCGGCGGCGGCCGCAUCCGCAGCUGCAUCCGACUCCAACUCCCAACCGAAUGCAACCGAGAUCGGUGACGGACUGGCGGCCAACAGCGAAGAGCAGGCCGCGCCGGGCAGCGGAAAUCCCGCCUCCGGUGACGGCAAUGCGGCCGCUCCUCCGAAGCGCACCCAGCUGCCCACUUUGAGUGUGGCCCUGCCGGUGGCGCCAUCGAAGCCGCGUCGCAAGAUCUACGCCAAGAACUUCUCGCAGCUGCAGCUAGUCAUCGAGGUGCUGACCCACCAGUGCGGCACCACCGAGGGCCUGGACAACGUGGCCAAGCUGAUUGUCAAUCUGACGCAGUGCUCGCAAGCCUCCAAUGCGAUCUUCAUCCAGUACUUGACGGCGGCCAUUCUGGGAUUGGCCGAGGAGGUGCGUCAGGCGAUUCAGAUGCUGCUCAACGAGAUUCGCAUGUACAACAUUCACAACGCUGCCCCAGUCUCCAGUCAGGCUGCCUCCACUUCCUCCGGAGCAGCAGCAGCAGCACCCUCAACAUCAACUGUAUCUGGAGCCAGUCUCCUGCCCAACUUGGCCGUCCACGAGGGCAUCAUGCAGGAUCGCUUCACCGCCGAGCACGUGAUCAUUUCGGCGCCCAAGAACGCCAAACCCACGUGUGAACUGCAGCUGCCCUCCAUGAAGAAGCUCAUGUCGAGCUCCUCCGCCCAGCCGUACUUCCUGCGCACCCUGAAGAUCUUCAUGCAGGUGCGUGACAUGUACGAGGCGCAGAAUAGCACGCAGAACGGCGGCGGAUCCGCCGGAGGGGCCGGUGACAACGAGGAGGACAUCAUCGACAUCGUGGGCGAUGGCGGCGCUUCCGGCGGCAGCAGUUCGGAUAUGGCGCCUGGAUCGGCGAGCACAAUAUCACCGCCGCCUCCGAUGGAAACCAACCAGACAAUACACGAUGGUGACGAGGACGAGGACGCCGAUGGCGACGGCGAUGGCGAUGACGAUGAGGCGAGCGCCCUGCCGGGAGUCGGUAACCAGGCGGCGACGGAUGCUCACAAGCCGAACAAGCCCACCCUUAGCCAGAUCCUCUGCCUGGAUGUACUGUGGCACACGCUAAGCGAAUGCCUUGUGGCGCUGGAGGAGUCCAAGGACGAGUUCGCCGUACUGGUGCUGCAGCCCACCGUGGAGGCGUUCUUCCUUAUCCAUGCCUCGAAUCGCGGCGCGACCAAGAAGACGGGUCGCAUAAUCCCCACCGGAUAUGUGCCCUCCGGUCUGCGGGGAAGCGCGGCUGCCAGCGGUGGAAUUGGAGGAUUGGGAGCAGCCGCGUCGUCUGCCCAUGAGCACAGUCCCUCGUUGGACGAGACCAGCAGCGCCAACACCCUCAGUUCGGCCAGUUUUGAGGAUGAGCCGCGCAUGCAGGAUGCUUCGACAAACACGCCGCUUUCGACCAACAACGCCGCCAACACAGCGCUGAGCGCUCACGAGGCCCAGUUGCGGCAGGACCGACAGAAGUUCCUGCAGUUCGCCGAGAAGCACCGCACCGUGCUCAACCAGAUCCUGCGCCAGUCUCCCACUCACUUGUCGGACGGUCCGUUUGCCGUCCUGGUCGAUCACACGCGCAUCCUCGACUUCGACGUCAAGCGAAAGUAUUUCCAGACGGAGCUGGAGCGCCUGGACGAGGGCAUCCGGCGCGAAGAGCACACGGUCAGUGUGCGUCGCGUUACCGUUUUCGAGGACUCAUUCCGCGUCUUGUAUCGCCUGGGUCCGGAGGAGUGGAAGAACCGCUUCUACAUCGUGUUUGAGGAUGAGGAAGGCCAGGACGCUGGCGGCCUGCUGCGCGAAUGGUAUGUGAUCAUAUCCCGCGAGAUCUUCAAUCCGAUGUACGCCUUGUUCUGCGUAUCGCCCGGCGAUCGCGUCACCUACAUGAUCAAUCCCUCCAGUCAUGCGAAUCCUAAUCACCUGAGCUACUUCAAGUUUGUCGGCCGCGUAAUUGCCAAGGCUGUGCACGACAACAAACUGCUGGAGUGCUACUUCACCCGAUCCUUCUACAAACACAUCCUCGGCAAGCAGGUGAAGCACACGGACAUGGAGUCGCAGGACUACGAGUUCUACAAGGGACUCGACUAUCUUAUGAAGAACGACAUCUCCACUCUGGGCUACGAGCUGACCUUCUCCACCGAGGUGCAGGAGUUCGGUGUCACCCAGAUCCGCGAUCUCAAGCCCAACGGACGCGACACCGCCGUCACCGAGGAGAACAAGUUCGAGUACGUGCAGCUAGUGUGCCAGCUCAAGAUGAGCGGCUCCAUCCGACAACAAUUGGACGCAUUCCUCGAGGGCUUCUAUGACAUUAUUCCAAAGCAUUUAAUUUCGAUAUUUAACGAACAGGAACUGGAGCUUCUCAUAUCCGGCCUGCCGGAUAUUGACAUUGAAGAUCUAAAGGCGAAUACCGAGUACCAUAAGUACACCUCUAAAUCGGCCCAGAUUCAAUGGUUCUGGCGUGCACUGCGCAGUUUCGACCAAGCAGACCGCGCCAAGUUCCUGCAGUUUGUCACGGGCACCUCGAAGGUGCCGUUGCAGGGCUUCGGCUCCCUGGAGGGCAUGAACGGCAUCCAAAAGUUCCAAAUCCAUCGCGACGAUCGAUCCACUGAUCGCCUGCCUUGUGCGCACACAUGCUUCAACCAACUGGAUCUGCCCAUGUACAAGUCCUACGACAAGCUGCGGAGCUGCCUGCUGAAGGCCAUACAUGAGUGCUCCGAGGGCUUUGGCUUUGCCUAAACAGCACCACCAGUGGCAACUAGUCCAACCAGGCAACCGACCAGGACGCAACACUAUUCCUAAAAAGCCUAUAAGCACGGGCGAGACGACGAGUAAUGCAUAAUUGAUUUGAACAGAACAGCCACUGCAAAUGUGCGAUAGCGGCAACAAAAACUGCAUACAUACACAGUACAUAUAGUUAUAUAGUAUAUAUAAAAAUGUUGAAUUAAUUAUUAAUUUUCGCGCCUAUAUAUAUACAAUAUAUAUUUUCUUAAAUUUUCAAAAGAAAAAACGGAAAAAAUCUAAGGAACCUAAAAAAAAAAAACAACACAACUGAUACAGACGCGAAACUGCAUAUUCGAUUUAAAAUUGUCUGCGUAACUCAUCCUAUUAUAUAUUGUUUUGGAAUCUAUCCCUGUCGAUUUGCACAUUUUCAUUAAAACAAAAUUUAUAUAAAAAUAAUUCAA